AUGUCGAUGUCGAUGAAGUCGUCUUUUGAUAAAGAAGCAUUUAUCAAUGCAAUUCGUCAGAAUGAAUUUAUUUUUAAUCCUACUCAUCCAGAUUAUAUGAAUAGAGACAUCAGUGAGAAAACCUUUACAGAUUUGGCAGAACAGUUCCAACUAAAAGAUGCUGCAGAAGCUAAGACAAAAUGGAAGUCAAUCAAGGAUAGUUACCGAAUCCAGAAAAAGAAGAUACGAGAUAGUGCGCGCAGUGGCAGUGGUGCUAGUGGUUCUAAAGUUAGAUGGCCCUUUUUUGAACAAUGUGGAUUUCUUGAUAGAUUUAUGGCCAUAUCAAAAAUAUGUUCCAACCAUUCACUCGACGCAAUCGACUCAUCUGAUUCAGACACACCACCACCAACAUCGCAGCUAUUGACCACAGAAAACCGCCCUCCCCAAAAGCAGGCCUCAAUGGGUGGUUUCCAGGCCCUAUUAUACGCUUCUCGUCUUGAAACUCGUGCUAUGCCUAACGAAUGUCCGACCGUGCCAUUACCAGAACUCAGACCCUCCAAGCCAUUAGCUAUCGAUCAACACAGCCAAUACUUACUUGAACAGCAUGAUAUGGGCCACAUUGGGACACCUAUGGUAGCCACGGGUGAUGGAAAUUGCUUCUUCAAUGGUGCUAGUAUUGCAACUUACGGCCACGAGAACUUUUCAUCGUUGCUUCGAGUACGGACCUGUAUCCAGAUGUGCCUCAACGAAGAAACGUACCUAAGAAGGUCAGAUGCUGCUGAUCUUAUUUCAUAUCUCCGGAUUACCGCGAUGCGUGCAUUGCCUCUUCAACUGAUGGUUCAUAUUCGUCGGCAUGGCUUUGGCUGA